AUGGUGUCCACUACGCUGGAUAUGGCAGACAUCGAGCCAGAGAUAAUACAUCUUCCCGAGCUUGGACAGACAUAUGUGGAAGGCACCACACUGAAGAUGGUUGAACUCACCGUUACCAAGAAGCUUACCGUCGAUAAGAUGAAACCCUACCUGGACGCAUAUGGAUUGGGACACUCGGCCAAGCGAGACGUACUCAUUGACCGGCUUCGUAACUUGGCCAAAAAUCCUGCACUCUGGAAUAGCCAAUUUCAGUCUACUCCGACCAAGGUCAGGGGUGGUAAUGCUAGCAGUAAACGGUCCCAAAACAGAAGCUCUGCAAAGAGAUUUCGAGCGAUGUUCGAAGACGAAAACAAGGCAGAUACUCCUGAAGAACAUCCAAGCAAGCGUGUCGCCAUAAGCUUCCCAGAUCAACGCACAGCAGUAGACAUAACCAAGGCUAUCGAGUUAGCCCAGCAAGUUGUGGCGCUCGCACAAGCCCACGUCACUUCCGGCACCACACCGUUGGACUCGGAGCCUGGUCAAAAUGCAAACGAAGCGUCGCUAUUAGGUCGGCCUGUCAUGGAGGUAGACGCAGAUGUUUCUUCUACAACGCCCGCAGCUGUGCAGCGUCAGCUCAUUACGCUCACAAAUGCGAUCUCGCACGGAUUUGGGUUUGUUGGAAACCUGAUCGCUCAGCACGGUCUGCCAGCGGUCCAUGCACCGACUCAGGCCUCGAUGUCAGCGACCACACACUCGCCGACCGUCACUCAUCAGACAGCCCUUCAGUCCGCCAAUACCUCUAACAGUAUACAUCCACCUAUAAUAGCAUCCACCCAUCUCUCACCUUCUUCCAAGCAAGCCAUUCCUCCAACUCGAAGCGCUCAUGAACAACCUCAAAGUCCUCUGAGUGGCACAAGUGUGCCACACUCUGCUCCACUUGAUUCAGCGCCUCCACGUUAUAUUGCUAUGCAUAGUACUGCCGACAACAACUGCACGGAAGACUGCCGUACAGCAACACUUACCGAUGGUGUCUUAGUCCAUUUCCGUUCAUCAGAUCUACGUCCUCCGCCGACCAUCUCAUUCGCCGAUGAUGUCUCCAAGCUUUUCCGGGAGUGGUACCGCUCUGAUUACAUUGUGCUCGGUGGGCGCGGUAUUCCUAUAAGUGAAUGGGACAAGCUCUACAAGAAAAAGAUCGCAAUACAGGCGCUUGUGAAUGCCUGGGAUACAUUUCGCUCAACUUGGGGUAAUUGGAAGUUCAUCAUUACCGAGUUUGAACGCCUGGGCUGUAAUGAAGUUCAGUUCUUCGCCAAGUUCCGAACAGAUGAAGGCGCACGGAUGAGAUAUCAGGAAAUCCUCGACCAUCUACAACUGGAGCGUAAGAAACGGGAUGCUGAUCUGGGUGUUAAAGCAGCGAGGGUAAAGGAUUUCUUCGGUGGUAAUCUGGAGUGCCCAGAUGCGGGCAACACUUUCACAUACAAGAAGAGUGGGCGGGUCAUGACGGUGUCCAAGAACACAGAGAUAGUGUCACGAUUUGAAGGACUUUGUUCAAUGGAUCUAGGAGUACAGAGUCGGUGGAAUGAGUUCGAGAGCUCAUAG